GGGGGGGCGGCCUCGAGAGGGUCCGCCGUUCGUUAGGCGGUGGAGGCGCGAGCGGCGGCGCGAGGUGAGGUGAGAGGAGGCUCGACUCAGUUUCUGAGUUGUAUCUUCUGAAGCUGCUCUCUCUCCCACGUGACAACCCUCCAGGUAGCUGAAGCCCCGACACGAAUCUCACUUCCAGCCUGCACAGCCCCUCCUCGUGCAGGUGCUGUGGACCAGGAGGCUGAGAGCUGGCAGAAGCCCGCACCGCUCACAGCACGCUGUCGGCCUCACACGGGGGCCCGUCUCAAGUGUUUGUUUGGAUGACGUGUGCACGGAAGAAGGGGUUUGGGCGGGAGAAGGGCUUCCUCGGAGGGCAGCGUCUGGUCUCUACAGGAAGCUGAAGUGAAAGGAUCCGGGGAAGACGGCCCCGCAUCCAUGGACACAAUGACCAAAAGUCGGUUCUUCCGCCUGUGGCUGGUCUUGGGGUCCGUCUUCAUGAUCCUCCUGAUCAUCGUGUACUGGGACAACAUGGGCACCGCCCACUUCUACCUGCACACUUCCCUCUCCAGGCCUCAUAUCCUGGAGCCCUUCCCCAGCCCCAAGCCGGGGGACGGGAAGUAUUUCACCGCCAGCAUUGAGGAGAUUUUGGAGAAGCUCCUCAGUGCUCAUGCGAAGCAGAACGUCCUUCUGGGUAAAAAGGUGGAGCAGCCCUCCCUGCUGGCCUCCAGCAAGCCUGUGCUCAGCAACAUGGAAGAGAGUGUGAGGGGCUACGACUGGUCCAGCCACGACACCCAGCAGAGCCCGGACCCGGACAGGCGGCAGGCCGAACGGAGGAGCGUGCUGAGGGGGUUCUGCGCCAACGCCAGCUUUGUGUUCCCCACCAAGGAGCGCUCUUUCGAUGACAUUCCCAACUACGAGCUGAAUCACCUCAUCGUGGACGACCGCCACGGGGUCAUCUACUGCUACGUGCCCAAGGUGGCCUGCACCAACUGGAAGCGCGUGAUGAUCGUCCUGAGCCAGAGCCUCUCGGACCAGGGCACGCCCUACCGUGACCCCCUGGACAUCCCCCGGGAGUACGUCCACAACUCCAGCACCCACCUGACUUUCAACAAGUUCUGGCGCCGCUACAGGAAGUUCUCCCGCCACCUCAUGAAGGUUAAACUGAAAAAGUACACCAAGUUCCUGUUCGUGCGGGACCCCUUCGUCCGCCUCAUCUCGGCCUUCCGCAGCAAGUUCGAGCUGGAGAACGAAGAGUUCUACCAGAAGUUCGCCAUCCCCAUGCUGAAGAUGUACUCCAACCACACCAGCCUGCCCAAGUCGGUCAGCGAGGCCUUCAGUGCAGGCCUCAAGGUGUCCUUCGCCAACUUCAUCCAGUACCUGCUGGACCCUCACACCGAGAAGCUGGCGCCCUUCAACGAGCACUGGAGGCAGGUGCACCGCCUCUGCCACCCCUGCCAGAUAGACUAUGACUUUGUGGGGAAACUGGAGACCCUGGACCAGGAUGCCACCCAGCUGCUCCGGCUUCUCAAGGUGGACAAGCUGCUCCAGUUCCCCCCGAGUUACCGGAACAGAACUGCCAGCAGCUGGGAGGAAGGCUGGUUUGCCAAAAUUCCCCUGGCCUGGAGGCAGCAACUUUACAAACUCUAUGAAGCCGAUUUUGUCCUCUUUGGCUACCCCAAGCCUGAACAUCUACUUAGAGACUGAAGGCGUUAGGGGAAAAUCCUGAACACCAAAAAAAAAAAAAAGUGCUUGUGUUGUUACUUUAAACCCGAAUGAAGGGCCUGUGGUACCGCGAGCAUCUCCCGGAGGAUGGAGCAAUGCGUUGCCACAUAUAUUUUUAUAUGGCUUUGUUUCUCCUGGUGUGACACAUCGCAGAAUUCCACAGUGCUCCUGUUGGCGAGUCAGCUGGAAACACCUGGAACUGACCACACCCACGCUCUAGUUUGUAAAAUACCCUAUGAUUUUGCAGUCUAGACUUGCUGUUUACUCCCUCCCUAUAUUCACUGAGUACUGUGUUAAUAUUGUUUUUUAAGAUUAAUAUAUUUCAGAUAUUUAAUAUGAAAAGUGGAGAAGGAAAUGGUGGAGUAAAAGGUUACAUCUGC